UCCACAUGCCAAGCCUUGGCGAACCGGCUUGCACGCGUAAAUUGGCUGCAGGGACGCGUCGGGCCGCACUGGACAGUUUCGGGUCUUCCAUUCGAUGCGAAGGAAUUUGUGGGCGAGGGGAACUUCGAGAGAAGACCGAGAUCGAGUCUUCUCUUGUGUGGUUACCAGGUCGUUUGUUGAACAGGGGCAAGCAGGGCGAACUGACGUAACAAUGUUUAUUGGCGUCUGCGGCAGUAUUUGCGCGGGGAAGCGCACCAUUGCGCGUUACCUAGUUGACCACCAUGGCUUUACCCAGCUCUUUUUGGAUAUCCGAGCUAGCGACGGAGUGAACGAUGGCACCGACGGGGUCGUUUUCCCAAGCAACAGCAACGGCAGCCCAUACGGCUCCGACAGCCCACCAAACCCCCAACACAUCUUCUCCGCCCCGGGCGACCUCCUGGACUUCGUCACCAAGCACUGGCGCGAGCGUUGGGUGACCACCGACAUCCACUCCGAAGCCAUCCUCGACCUAUACGCGCGGCGCCCCUUCUUCCUCCUCCUCAGCGUCGACGCGCCGCUCACCGUGCGCUGGCGGCGCUACCAGGCCCGCCAGCAGCAGCUCCUCACCACCACCACGGCCGCCGGCGCAGCAGCAACCAAACAAAAAACAUUCGAGAGCUUCGUGGCCCUCUCCGACGGGCACCUCUACGACCCCGCGCGGGGCGCCCACCCGCUGCUCUCACGAGCAUCCGUCCGCCUGCUCAACACGUCCGACUCCCUCGCGCACCUGCACGCGGCGCUGGGCGGGGUGGACCUGCUGGCGCGGGAGCGGCUGCGGCCGUCGUGGGACGCCUACUUCAUGGCGCUGGCGUCGCUGGCGGCGCAGCGCAGCAACUGCAUGAAGCGGCGCGUGGGCUGCGUCGUCGUGCGCGACAAGCGCGUCAUCUCCACGGGCUACAACGGCACCCCGCGCGGCCUGCCCAACUGUGGCGAGGGGGGCUGUGCUCGCUGUAAUGCCGGGGACGGGUCCGGCCAUGGCCUGGCGACUUGUCUGUGUAUUCAUGCGGAGGAGAACGCCCUGCUCGAGGCCGGGCGGGAGCGUCUGCGUGAUGGUGCCGUGCUGUAUUGUGAUACGUGCCCGUGCCUGACGUGCAGUAUCAAGAUUGUGCAGGUCGGGGUGGGGGAGGUGGUGUACAAUCACGGGUAUAGCAUGGAUGGGGAUACGGCUGCGGUGUUUAGGGAGGCUGGGGUGAAGUUGAGGCAGUUCGUUCCGCCUGCAAAUGGUUUGAUUCACCUCGAGAGGUUGGAAUAGUACGCAAAGCGGGAUUAAGCAAUAGGUAGCGAGCGUCGGAGAAGAGGGGUUCGGCUUCUUUUGCCUCGGACUCCUCGAAGCAGUAAAAGUCAAUGUAAACACUGCAAGCGCUAAAUAACGGGUGGGCGGAGAAUUGAAUCCUUCGCCGAUGUUCUCGGUGUGAAUGAGAGCGGCUGCGGCAAUUUCAGGUAUCGCUCGCCAUUUGUUCUCAACAAACGGCGGUCAAGGCCAGCGACAGUAACAAGAAUUGAAUUCAAUCAGGCGAGAGUCAAUCCUUACCCGGAUAUAGGGUCCAGGCGAUUCGAAUGGUGAGCUUUGGUCACGAUCACCAACGCCAAUGCACCCCAGACUUCACCAGCCACCUUGGCGGUGAUGGCCGAGCAUUGGCAAGGGUUGGCAAGGGUCAGGAAACCAACCGGAAUCACUGGGCGCUGGGGGUGCAGUCAGUGCGGCAUUUAUGGCGUCGUGGGGGCGAGCAAUC